CAGACCCACCCCCUGCCGCUGGCCAGGCUGGCGAGAUGAGGGUUGGGCAGUGGGUGUUGCGUUCUACCUCUGUGAUCGGGGAGGGGUUAGUUUCCCACAGGGGAUUUCAACCAUCACACUCUGAGCCCGCCUCCUAAUCCUCCGGCAGAGCGGUUCGGGGCCCCAUUUUAUGGCAAUAAAGCGACUUAGCGCCUGCUGAGCGAGCCCCUCCCCGCCGCCGCCCCCGCCCUCGGCCCCACCCCGGGGCUCGCCCGCAGCGGCGGGGCUUUGUUUCUGGGGAGGAGGACCCAGAGCUCUUUUGUUUGGGGGUUUGCUGUUUUCACCCCCCCUCCACCCCACACACACCCCAACCUCACCCCACCCCGCCCCACCCCCCGCGCCUCUCCGAUUUCCUGAGCUGCGGGCUGCAAAGGGAGGAGAAGCAGCUUCUUGCAACCCCCUCGGCUGGGCCCCGGGGUAAUUCGAUGCGGGCCUGGCGUGGCUCCCCACGUUAGACCCGGGCUCGCGUCUCGGCAGCCUCCACCCACCGGCCCACCCUACAUUUAGCGCAUCAUGUGAUCCGGAUUAGUGUGCCAAACAAGUUCCGAAAUCUUUGGGGAAAGCAGCCUUUUUCUCAGGAGAGACUGCAUUGUCAGAGUGAACUCUGGGAUUUCUCGCAGUCCUGUUACCACGGCCCUCAUCCUAAGAGACACAUCACUAAAAAGGAUCAAUGUGACUGUAGAAACAAAUGGAUGAGUGAAUAUCCAUAUGAAGAGGAAAAACUCAAAGAAUCUCAGCACCCUUGAGAACAGAAUGCUAAUGCUUGAUGGGAUGCCGGCAGUCAGAGUCAAAACAGAGCUUUUGGAAUCUGAACAAGGGUCUCCAAACGUCCACAACUACCCCGAUAUGGAAGCUGUUCCCCUCUUGCUAAAUAAUGUGAAAGGGGAGCCCCCAGAGGACUCUUUGCCUGUAGAUCACUUCCAGACACAAACUGAGCCAGUGGACUUAUCAAUCAACAAAGCCAGGACCUCCCCUACCGCAGCUUCAUCCUCCCCUGUCUCCAUGACAGCGUCUGCCUCCUCACCUUCUUCAACUUCAACCUCUUCCUCGUCUUCUAGUCGUCCAGCCUCAUCCCCUACUGUUAUAACAUCAGUAUCUUCAGCAUCGUCUUCGUCAACAGUGUUAUCUCCAGGACCCCUUGUUGCCUCUGCGUCUGGCGUGGGCGGCCAGCAGUUUUUGCACAUCAUCCAUCCUGUCCCACCUUCCAGCCCCAUGAACUUACAGUCUAACAAACUCAGUCAUGUUCAUCGAAUCCCUGUGGUGGUACAGUCAGUGCCGGUGGUCUACACAGCUGUACGGUCACCUGGAAAUGUGAACAGCACUAUUGUUGUACCGCUCCUGGAGGAUGGGAGGAGCCAUGGCAAAGCACAAAUGGAGCCCCGAGGCCUAUCUCCCAGACAGAGUAAAAGUGACAGUGAUGAUGAUGACCUGCCAAAUGUGACCUUAGAUAGCGUUAAUGAAACUGGAUCCACGGCCCUUUCCAUAGCCAGAGCAGUACAAGAGGUCCAUCCAUCCCCGGUAUCCAGGGUCCGGGGAAACCGAAUGAAUAACCAGAAGUUUGCUUGUUCAAUCUCACCAUUUAGCAUUGAGAGCACAAGACGCCAGAGACGAUCAGAGUCCCCGGACUCCAGGAAGCGGCGCAUCCACAGAUGUGACUUCGAAGGGUGCAACAAAGUGUACACAAAAAGUUCUCACCUGAAGGCACACCGGAGAACACACACAGGAGAGAAGCCCUACAAAUGCACGUGGGAAGGCUGCACCUGGAAGUUUGCCCGUUCCGAUGAACUGACCAGGCAUUACCGCAAACACACGGGAGUGAAGCCAUUCAAGUGUGCGGACUGUGACCGCAGUUUCUCGAGGUCAGACCACCUGGCACUGCACCGUAGAAGGCACAUGCUGGUGUGAGGAAGGCUCAGGUCUAGCUAUGUGCAAGAGCUGGGUCUCUUCAGGAGCAAGUAACUCAGCAGGGCUGAGCUCCCUCUACAGUGUUAACGUCAAGGGCACCGCCAUUCCCACGGUGCCUGAAACCAGAGCAGGAACAAGAAGGAACCCUUCUCCCUUCGGCCUGAAGGUAACCCCCCAUCAUGACCACACGCGUGAGAGAGCCGUCUGUGUUCACGCUGGCCUGGGAGUUCAGCACCUCAGGUCCUGAAGAGACAGGCAUUGUUUUCCAUGCUAUGUCCUCUGCCAUUGAAAAGAUGUUUGUAGCUUGUACAUUUUCUGAGCUGGCAGACACUCUGCUAUCAGUCCCUUAAAGGUCAUCUACCGCAAAAUGAUGGUUAGAGGAGACCUUCUCAGUUUGGAUGAUUCUUCCCUUCCACCCCCAACCCCAACCCCCUUUGACAACAAUUUCAGUAUCUAUCUCAGUAAGCUAGAACACACACCUAGUCUGUUACCAGCGAGCAGCAUGAACUAGAAAGGAAGGGGCUAUUGAAGACACUCUGUUAACCAACAAGAAAGGCACACAGAAGUAGCCCUCUGUGCUAGCGAUGGCAGACCUAGAUAGCGCUCAUACCUUGUCCUCAUGCCAUCCCCGAAAAGAACCAACAUUGAGUCUUUUCAUUUGUUUGUUGUUGCUUGUUUCUGUUCUGUUUCUAUUCUGUUUUGUGCAUCUGUUCCAGCAGAGGGGCAGAGCAGUUUCUCAAAGGCUAACCCUGCUCCGCCCUGGCAUGGACUGACAGAGGUGUUCUGUAGUUGAAUAGGAAGAGCCUGUCUAAAAUGAUAAUAAUAAUAUAAUAAUAAUAAGAGUAAUAAUAACUAUUGCCCCACUUCAAAUUGCAGUGUUCUGUCACCUAGCCACCAUCUCCUCCUGCCCUUAGUGUUUGAUUACAAACAAUCGAGGGGAGGGGGGCUUUCUUAGACACACUGGCACCAAGGUAAGAGGUGGAGCUGCCCAGGCAAAGUCAGUGAACAUGAAAAUGAGACAAAGCAGAGAUGGAAAUAAUGCUCCUCUUGAGGAGAAAAGCAAUAAUGAAAAGAAGGACUUUCCUACAAUAACUCCACUGAGGGCUCAUGUUACCGAUUUUCAUACUUACUAAAGGGAUUGUAAAAAACACCCCAGCCUUUCAGAUGUCUUAGUUACAUCCAUAGCACAGAGGUGAUCUUUCCACUGUUUGUUGUCCUACUUGUUUAAGUACCACAAUUAAAGUUACGCUCCCCUUUUCUGUCUUGGUUGAAGACAGUUAUUUGAUGACUCGAGAGGCGAGGGAGGCAGAGCUAAGGAUUAACCCUUCAACCAGUGGGUCUGUUCCGCUUGGACAUGAGUCUGUGGGAAGAGUGUCCCCAUGGAAAGCCCGCCCUGGUGCUACUUCUCCAACCUGGAGAGCCAAGAGUCUGACUCUACGCAUUUUACUUUUUAAACUCUCCCCAAAUCCCCGUGCUCCCACAUUGGCAUCCGCAGGGACAGACAACCUGCUUAUCUUGGGAGAUGGGUCAGAGCUAAGUUAGGUUCCAUCCUUCCUCUCAAGUGAAAAGCUUUUUUUUAUCUAGCAAAAUGUACAGGAAAAGCAAUACAUCCCCAACAAGCACCGUUUCCAAAAUAUUUUGUCCUCACGAAAAGCUGCUGUUUUCCCAGCUUUCUGUGGCAAUUGGGUUUGGUGAGAUUUUUGUUGUUAAGACGUUUUAUAGCUUAAAUAUAAAAGGUCUCCAGUCAAGGCCUUUGCAAUAUAUUUCAAGGACACACUUGAUUUGGGGAAUUGCACAAAUCAACCUCAUAGGAUUCCUAGCUCAUUUUUAAAUGUCUGCACAUUCUAAAAUGAUUUCUGGUGACAGUUAUCCUUUCUAGUAGCUUCUAAUUGGGAUAAUUGUAGUCUGACAAAGCAAGAACUAUAGACAUUACAAGGAGAACCAUUUGUGUCUGGUAGCUUUUAAAAGAUUUCUAAUAAAUGUUCAGGCAAAAGUAUCAUGAUUUAUAGGUCAAGUCCCAGCUUCAGAAAUCUGCGCUCUACAUUUUCUGCCAGGUCUAAAAACUUCAUCAGGCAAUUUCCCUCCUACAAGGGCUGUAGUUCUAUUGAUGAAUAGCUUCAGCUACACAGGUUGGUACCCACCAGCCAGCAGGUUUGGGUUUUUUGUUUUUGUUUUUGUUUUUUUUUUAGUUAUUGGGUUUUUGUUUUGUUUUGAUAUAUAUAUAUAUAUAUAUAUAUAUAUAUAUAUAUAUAUAUACCAACUGGAACAUUUUUUAAUCUGUACUGUAUGCACUUCCUACUUCUCAUUGCCUGUCAUCAUCCAGAAUAAAACCAGGUUUCCUGAUGCAUGCCAGCAUUAGUAACUGGCCAGGGCAAAGAACAUUGACAAUAGCAAACAAGCAUGAUCCCCCAAGAGCUGGCCCCAGAGCCUAGAUGGCAGGUAGUAAGGGAGUCUACUCCCAUGAAGUCUGGAUUUGGCUGAGCCCUGUCAGCUCUCAGAAGAGCCGAUCCUUUUCCCACUGAGAAGCAUCUGGAAGUUUUACAGUGAGAAUUCACUGAACUGACAAGCAAGGGAAGCUUCCUGACUGACAUCUUAAUUUAAAUUUAGCACAGAAACUAAAUGAGUCGUACCUCUCUAACAGCGGAGGGAAGACUCGGGGGAAGUGAGCUUGUCCCGCUCGCUCCCUGUAAAUGGAAAGCGCACUGAGAUGGUAAGGUAACAGAUCAAACCUGCCACCAUUACAGCGUUUCCCUCUUUUUUGGCAUAGCGAUAUAUUUAGAAGAAAUGCAAGCACAAAUGAACACAUCCCUGAUCUGGCCCAAGAACUGGAACUUAUCCGGCACUUGUCGAGGGGGAGGGGUAUGUAACCAAUCCUCCUCAGUAAGUUUCCUAGGUAUGUUUCCCAUGUAACAGAAAGUGGUUUGAAACGAAAGGAAAUGGGAUAUCCUUAGGCACAGAAAAGCCUCCACCCAUUUCAUAUUCCAGUCUAGCUUCUUGAAAAGCACAGUGUACGAUAAGCUAUCAAAAAUAAAAUAAAAUAAAAUAAAAUUUAAAAAAAGGAGAUAGAAUCCUAAAGCGCUUCUCAGUGGUUUCCUAAGCAGAACACGCCUUGGUUUCAGGUUUGAAGUGGUUCAGCUUGCAGCUAGGGAGGCUGUGUGUGUACUUGAGGACCCCUCGCACACACAGUGGGGAGAACCAAGUGUCUCCUUGCAAUGUGAAGGCUGAUGACAAGGGAGCUGGGCGAUUAGGGGUUUUCAGAGAGUCCCUUAUAUUCCAAUCUUCUGGUUACACGAGUAAAAUGAGCACUUUUAAGUAUCACUUUAAAGAUUAAAAGGGAAACAAGAUGAGUUAGGGGAAGGGGGGGCGCCUUUCAAAAUGCUUCAGUGUUUACAAAGAAAAGUAGACGAUUAGAAAAGCCAUGUUCAUCGUGGUUGAAAUUUUGGAACAGCUCGUGUGAAGACUGUGUUCGUUUUCAUGCAGCUUGUUUAGUGUCAGCUUGCUGUUUGAGUCUGGAAUGGAAAUGGAAGUCUGCACUUUGAGAUCGGCUCAUUAGAAUGAAACCGUGUGUACAGCUAAAGAUGCAGUACUCCUUAGUCUGGCCUUUCGUUAUUAUAGGUACCAAAGCUGCAGUUGAAUAAGUCUGCUGAGGUGAGGCCUUCAAUUGUACUCAUAUGCCUUUGAUUAUUGUAAUGACUGCCUAGAAAUGUCGCUGAGAUGUUGUCACGAGGCUGUCCAAUCGCUUGUAGAGUGAGGAUUCUUAGAACUGAAGUAGUGUUAAUACCAGCACAUACACACACAUACACACACACAGUCUGCAUAGAAAAGAUCGAAGGUGAGCUAAUGCUGAUGAACCACAUAGGCCCAGGAAGCCUUAAUACUCAUAAUUCAACUCAGAGUCUACCUUUUACCAUCGCCUCUAAGUGUAUCUCAUAAAUGUAGGCCAUCGGUCAGAUUUCUCUUUCCUUUCCUGAGGUUGUGUAUCCCACAGAAAUGUUCUCAAACUGACUUGGCUCAGUUAAGGAAAGAGAUGUGGCCAGUCAUGUCUUCCAUGUUACAUGUCUACUUAUUCCCACACUGCCUUUCACUUAUCUGGACAGACACCCCCAACACAUGCACCUGUGUGCACCCAUCUGUAUAUGCAGCAGCCGGCAGGCAAGAAAACUUUUUUAAAGAAGUAAUUUGUAAUAAUCCAUCCUAUGUAGAAAUGUAAGUUAUUACCCGACUAGAGAAUCAGCUUAUAAUACUAUGUAACUUUGCCUGCGUUUUAUAGUUAAGAAAUGUAUAUAAAAAAUUUAAAAUGCUAUAUUUUCACAAUUUCAUUAUAGAGUAAUGUCUGUUUAGCAACCCAUGCCCAUUGGUAUUUUAAAUAUGCUAAAUAUUGAACAAUUGCAAUAGAAAUUCAGAUUUUCAUAAGAAAAUAAACAGAAGGAUACUGCAUCUUUAAAAACAGAGUGACGCUAUUUUACUGUAUUCGUAACAUAUGUGAUAGUGGAAAAGUAUUUUCAAACAUGCAAAUUUUACAGAGGUUGUAAAUAGUUUGAUGACGUAUGUUGGGGAAAAGCUUCUAGUUUUCAUCACAAUAAAAAAAAAAAAAACACUUGUUCAGAUAUGCCUUGUGUAUGGAUGAUACACACAAUUAGCAAUGUUGCCAUGGGAACUGGUCCCACUUGUUGAUGUUCUUGGUGCUCGGUUAGAGCUGAGUGGCCACUUGUCAUAGUGUAGCCAGAGUGAUUUGAAACUCCAAUGAAGUCAUGUUUCCAAACUUGUCGUGUCUUUUUCUUGGAACUGAAAAACUGAGGGCUUGCUUGGUCUAGAAAGAAUCAUGCAACAGGCGUUCUCCCCUCUCACUCGUCUUCUUCCUCAACAAGGUGGUUCUCGAUUUAGAAAACAAAAUAAAAGACAGGGGUUUAUUCUUGUUUAGGCUCCAGAGGGAUUGUGCUCUGGUGUAGGCGUAGGUCGAUGAGGCUAAGUGUAUGGAUAUGGCCACGUGUUAAAAGAGUCUGCAGUGGCAACAGGAAAAAGGUAAUGCCCAUUUUUCAGAAAUAAACUAAAAGUGCCUGUCAAUGAUUGUGACCAAUGAGAUAAUCUUAUACUUUCACACAGCAAUAAUUAUUUAUCAUACAUGGAUUUUCUUGCACAGUUUGAGUGCUCUCCCUCUUUCUCUCUCUCUCUCUCACUCUCUCUCUCACUCACUAUCUCUCUAUGUCACACACACACAUAUACACAGAGUAAACAAAUGCACAUAGUAAAUUAAAUCUGCUCAUGCAGACCCACAGAAGAGGGUUUGCAUCGCUUUGAAGUUAAUGGCUCUUAUUUGCAAUUUACUAUCUCUUCAUUCCAUUUUUCUUACUUGAAUAUAAGUAGGCAAUAUAUAUAUAUAUGUGGAAAUUAAGGUUAUCUUUCAUGUAUAUGAUAAUUAGAAUGUUCAGAUACAAAGUUUGACUAUGAUAGACCUCAAACUUAAGACAUGUAUAGCUCUGACAGGCUUGCUCUGUUAAAAACACUGACAUACUCAGAUCAGAAUUGUAAGGGAUUUUUUUUUGUCUGCUUUAUUUUACCCACUUAGCUUAGUGCACAAGUCCGUCUCUAUGUGCUCCACUCUCUUUUCACCUGACAUGAAUCCUCGAAUCAUCAAGGAGCAUUUAGAGAUGCGCAUUGACAAAUUAUCCCUCUCCUGCCCUCAAAAAGUCCUCGGAUACUUGUGAAGGCCUUCAGACAGUUAUUUAGUCCUCGGAUACUUUUGAAGGCCUUCAGACAGUUAUUUAGUCCUCAGAUACUUGUGAAGGCCUUCAGACAGUUAUUUAGUUAAUCCUGACACUUGCAUCACAAUGUACAAUCGGAAGUUCACAAGCCCUUUUUAAAAAUUGUUUUACUACUACAAGUAGAGUCAGGGGUGGACAUGAGACUGUAUAUAGACGUGAACCCAGCCUCCCCUCCAGCCUUGCCAUCUUCUCCAGCCUUGCUGUAUCAAAGCAUGAAUCCACCCAGACACGCUGUUGAGGCUACGAGAAAACACAUUAAGAACACUUCUUAAUGUAUGGCGGUGAAUAUACAGUCAGGUUUUAGACAGCCCAUGAUACUGGAGCAGAACAACGGCCUCCAGGCCCCAAACUCAGGUGGAGAAAGUCAUCCAUCCACUCUUCACCCUACUCUUAUUCAGAAAUGAAGGGUGACAGCAAAUGCAUCAGGAGAUAGAUGGGACAACCAAGCAGGUGCCAUGUCAAAGCACAGCUACUACGGUCCCUGGUCUCACUGACAUCAGACCUUCCGAUUCCCUUCUUUCCCCAUGUUGUCUGAACAUGCUAAUGUAUCCCUUAAAGUACUAAGCACAGCGCAUGGGGAAAAUGAUAGCCGUUCCUAAUACUCUGUGCUGACUGCUGCACCAAGAAUUCUAACAUCACCUCCCUUCUAUACAACCCAACAUUCUCUAGUUCAUGGAUGAAGAACUGAGGCACAACAGGAAUGACUGAGAUGUCCACAAGCGUAGACAGUAAGUCAAGUGGGAAUACAUAACCUCCUGGCUCUGCGGCCUGUGUUCUUUCUGUUGUAAGGCACACCCCUGUUUCUGAUUCCUGGCUGCCACGUUCCCAGUCUCCUAUUCAAUUUUGUUCUGAGGACCCUUCAGGGGUAGAAUGAAAGGACAUCACCUAGCAUGUGAUGUGACUAUUGUAGAGAUGAUUUUAGAUCAGAACCUUCCUGGAAGGUCACUGAUGGGUGGCCAUUCUAGAUAAACAUUGAUCUUCCUAAACUUGGCACUUUCUCUCAUAGGUUUGUCCAGCGCCUCUAAGAUUUUCAAAACCUUUCUUACUUCCUACUACAAUUUAGUCCCAGUUAGUUUUCCUCGACUUCCAUAUUUCCUUUUCUCUAGCAGCCCUGCUCUAAUAAGUGAAGGGGCAUCUGAGACCCUCCCCUGAGCAGAGCCACUUCCUGAGUGCAGAGGCCACUCUUACAGGUGUUCAUGAGUAGUGACGUCAGCAUCCAGCCCUGUGGGCAGGUCCUUUCCAGCCCUCUCACUUAACAGCACUGCCUUGGAAUGUUUUAAAUAGUCUCAUAAAUAAUUUGCUUAUAGUAUUGUUAGUUUGAGUUUUCGGUGAGGAGCUGUCUAACAUCAGAGAAAUGAAACCCCUCCCUGACUGCAUUGAAGGUCUCUGACAGUAUUGAUUCAUGGAAGCACUAAUGGACUUUGAAAACAUUAAGAAUGCCAUUUCUCAGAGGGUUUCAGUUUGUGAAAAUGAAUCUCCUGAAUUAUGAUCUUUCUCCCCGUUACUUGGCUGGGGGAAAGAGAUAAAAGCUAUAUAAACAACUUCUCUUCCGUGCUGAAAGCAAGGGUCUGUGUCCACAGCCUCCUGUAGACGGGGACUCCUGUAGCUUAAUUGAGUUUCAGCAACAAUUAUUUCUCAGAUGACAAUGCCACCACUCUAAGUGGGUUGACAAGUGAGGAUAGUCACAUCAAUAACCGCUUCUUCCCCCCCGCCCCCGAAUUUCAUCUCUAGAAAUGUGAAGUGUUUCAGUGACUCUAGUUAUGAAUUAUUCUUUUUACAAAAGCAGGUAUAGCCAAGCCCUUGACAGAGAUUAAUCUUUGUUGAGAAAUAAGGGUUUAUAAGAGAGAAUUCCUCUCCGGUUCUACUAGUAAAAGUGUCCAGUCAAUCAAAAAUGAGGAUAUUUUAGGAAUAUUUUGACAUUUUCCUUUUAUGCUCAUUUUGUUCUCUAAAAAUACAACAUAAAACAUUACAGAUGUGUUUUCCCCUAACUCAUGUUUCUAGCUUUCUCGUGGCAGGAUUUUGUGAUUGUAUUCAGACUAUAGAAUAUAUUUUGUUCCUCAAAUGAUUACAUUCAGUAGGUAUCGUUGAACUUGGCACUGAUGCCUACGUGCAAGGCUCUUUCCUAUCAACUUGUGUGUGUACAACUUGUUGUGUUUGAAGGUUCAUCUUUGAAGCCCACUGUCUCCCACCAUGGAAUGGUGGUUGUAUUGUUUUGUCCAUGUCUGUGUGGGACACAUUGCAUCACAUGGCAAAGCAACUAUAAAUGGAUGUGAGAUAACGAAUUGACAAAACCAGCUUGAAAACAUUGUCUUAUGUAUUACAUCAUCCUGCCUCAUAAUGCAAUUAUGUGUAUCAUGAUCACCUUCUACAAAAAGAAACCAGCAAAUUCAUGUUUGUCCAUAGAAGGGUGUUCUAGGAGUUGUCUGUGUUGUGAAACUAUGAGAACAGACCACCUCUAAUAUACCCACCUGCCACUUAAAAUGACUUAGUUAUAAUUAGUAGUAGUCUAGACGUUGCUCUUGGUGUGUGGGGGUCAGUGCAGACGUCAUAAUCCUUUGAAUAAAUCUCCCAGUCAUAUCUGAAAAAAAAACACACAUGAGAAUAAAGAAAAACAUCAUCUUUGGCCAAAUCAAGCAGGCAUCUCUUUGCUUUUCCUCAACACUGAGCUCAUUACACAUGGUGAUUGGAUCACAAGAUCUUUCUGUGUAAAAAUAUGAAAAUGUCAUUUACUUAUUCUAGGCUGGAAACCUCUGCACAGCAAAGUGAAUAGAUGAGCUACUUCUGGUUCAUAUUUAUGGGAUGUAAUCUUUUAAAAAAAAGUCUCUUGGGCAUAUGAUCCAGGUUAGAGUGCCCAGAGGAGAGCGUACAUAUAAAGGAUAAAAUCCCCCAAGGAUGCUGGCAAGCAAAUGUGUUGAGUUCUUAAAUCUUUGUUCAGUUUUUCUGUUCAGAGUUUUAAUUGCAAAUGAAUUUAUUUCUUCAGCUUAAAGAUCUAAUUUCCUAAUAGUUUCCUCCGCAUUUAUAUACUCUGUAGUGUUUAGGCAGCUCCUGUUAUAAGUUUAUUAAUAUUAUGUAAGUGUUGUUCUUGUAUUUAUGUAUAGUGUAUGUAUUGUAAAUAUACUCAGAGCUUUUCCUUUUUACUGUAAAAUGGUGAUUUUUUUUUUGCCCUAUGAUAAUGAAAAGGGAGACUCUCCUAAUGAGGUUCUCUCAGAAGAUUAUUCCAGUCUAUUCUCAGAGAUUUAAAUGAACAAGUGUUAUCGUUUUCAAUGGUGUCUCAGACAUAUUCUGUUGGUGCAUCGCUUUUCUGUAUUCAACUUUCCUAUGAAUUGAGCUGUGAACUGAAAUAGAGUUUAAACCUUUAUCUGUAUGCAUUUGUAUAAUUAUCUGAAUGAAGGCAUGAAGGUUAAAUAAAGCAUUUUGUAUGGAA